AUGGCUUUCAAACUUCACCUUUCCGACAAGGAAACACAUAUAACUAAACUGACGUGGUUGAAGGAUGGAGUUGAAUUGGAGAAAUCCGUGGACUCAAAUCUGACGUGGCUGAAGGAUGGACUUGAAUUGGAGAAAUCGGUGGACUCAAAUGUGAUAUACGCGAAUGAUGGCAGUCUGAUUAUAUCAGCGGCUCGCUUAAGAGAUUCCGGUAACUAUACGUGUGAAGCCACAAAUAUUGCAAAUCGACGAUCGACAGAUCCUGUGACGCUUAGCGUUUACGUAGAGUCGUAA